AUGAGUGCUGCCAGCUGCCAGCCUUUGGCGGUGCCUGACUUGGCUGGGCGCCAUCCCCUGGCGCAGGUGCAUCCGCCCGCAACUCCGCCUCCCCACCCGCCGCCCCCUAACAACCAGCCCGCCCUCCGCCAAACCACCCCCCCGAACCCACUCCGCUCCAGCGCCGACACCCGCGCCCGCGAGCAAGCCCUCGCGCAGUCCCGCCGCUCCAUCAGCCUCUCCGCCGCAGGCAUCGCCGCCUGCGCCGUCGCCAUGUACGGCGUGAUCCAACUGGACCCGUUCGGGCUGGAGAAGCUCGAGCCCACCACCACCACCAACAACAAUGACAACAACGACAGCAAGAACAAAACCAUGCUAGAUGGCCCCCCAGGCUUCCCAGACACCAGCGCCAGCAGCCCAGCGAUGAUCCUGCAAGGCCCCGACGGCAGCACGCAAGUCGAAACCGGCACGAGCUCCGUCCCGCACUUCCCGAGCACCAUGCGUCUCCCGACCCGCUCCAGCACCCUCCAACCAGGCGACGCGCUCCCCGCGUCCGGCGACGACGGCGCCAGCGAAGAAUACCAGCUGCUGGGCCUGGGCAUCCGCACCGUGUCCUUCCUGCGCAUCCAGGUCUACGUUGUAGGCCUGUACAUCGCCACGAAGGACCUGCCCGAGCUGCAGCAGCGGCUUGUGCGCACGGCCGUCAACCCGCCGAAGGAGGUGGACUCUCCCGCCGUCGUGCAGCCGACGACGGGCGCGGGGAGUGUGGCGUUCGCGACGAGCCUUGUGCCUGGGGAGCGGGAGGCGCUGAAGAAGCUGCUGCUGGACGAGGAGCGCGGGGAUGCGGCUUGGAGCGCGGUGUUGAGGGAGGGCGGGCUGCGGAUGGCGUGGCGGGUUGUGCCGACGCGGAACACGGACUUUUUGCACCUGCGGGAUGGGUGGGUGCGGGGGUUGGCUGCGCGCGCGCAGAGGUAUACGAUUUCGCCGCUGCCGGAUACUUCUUCUUUGAGUAGUGGGGGGAGGAAGGAGGGGGAGUUCACGGAUGAGUCGUUUGGGCGGGCGGUGGGGGAGUUCAAGGCGCUGUUUGGGGGCGGGGGCGGGGGUGGGAAGAAGGGCGUGUCGAAGGGGCAGACGCUGGUGCUUGUGCGUGGUGAGGAUGGCGCGCUGGAGGGGCUGGUGCAGGCUGAGGUGGGGAAGCCUGGGAUGCGGUUUUUGGGCCGUGUGCGCGAUGAGCGGAUUAGUCGGCUCGUGUGGUUGAAUUAUCUGGCUGGGAAGAAUGUGUCUAGUGAGGGGGCGCGACGGAGUGUUGUUGAUGGGGUGAUGGGGGUUGUGGAGCGGCCUGUUGGGACUAUCUAG